UUAUCCUUGUUGACCAUGCAUGUAACUUUUAUGCAGCUUGGAGGGCCUGAAAAAGUGUCAGAAAUUACAGGGAGGCGAGGCAUGCUUGUAAGGGCUGCUAGUGGAAAAGGUGUAACUUACCAAGCACGGAACACAAAAGAUGUCACAAUGGAGAUGGUCAACAUGCAUGAGAAGCAGCUCUUCAUGGAUGGUAAGAAAUUGGUUGCCAUCAUUUCUGAAGCGGGGUCGGCUGGUGUUUCUUUGCAGGCAGAUAGAAGAGCCACAAAUCAGAAAAGAAGGGUGCAUUUGACACUAGAACUUCCAUGGAGUGCUGACCGAGCAAUUCAACAGUUUGGAAGAACUCAUCGGUCAAAUCAAGCCUCAGCGCCUGAGUACAGGCUACUCUUCACUAAUCUAGGCGGAGAGCGCAGAUUUGCAUCAAUUGUUGCCAAGAGAUUAGCAUCCCUUGGUGCUUUAACACAGGGAGACCGCAGGGCAGGGCCAUCUUUGAGUGCUUAUAAUUAUGAUAGUGCUUAUGGAAAGAGGGCCCUUGUGGUGAUGUAUAAAGGAAUAAUGGAGCAGGAUUCUCUGCCAGUUGUACCUCCUGGAUGUUCAUCGGAAAAACUAGAGACAAUCCAAGAUUUCAUUGUGAAGGCAAAAGCUGCUCUUGUGUCUGUUGGAAUAGUUAGGGACACAGUUCUUGCUAAUGGAAAAGAUUCUGGAAAGUUGUCUGGCCGUAUUGUUGACUCAGACAUGCAUGACGUUGGACGUUUCCUUAACCGGAUUUUAGGCUUGCCCCCUGAUAUUCAAAACAGGCUGUUUGAGUUAUUCAUCAGCAUCUUGGAUCUCCUUAUUCAGAAUGCACGCAUUGAAGGGAAUCUUGACUCAGGGAUUGUUGAUAUCAAAGCUAAUGUCAUUGAAUUGCAAGGAACUCCCAAGACUGUUCACGAGGAUCAAAUGUCUGGGGCAUCAACAGUGCUGUUUACUUUCACUCUUGAUCGUGGAGUCACGUGGGAGUCUGCAAGUACCAUGCUUGACGAGAAGCAAAAAGAUGGGCUUAGUUCAGCAAAUGAUGGGUUCUAUGAAUCUAGAAGGGAGUGGUUGGGGAGACGUCACUUCAUUUUGGCAUUUGAAAGUUCUGCUUCUGGAAUGUAUAAGAUAGUCCGUCCUGCUGUUGGGGAGUCAAUAAGGGAAAUGACCCUGUCAGAGCUUAAAAACAAGUACAGAAAAUUAUCAUCUUUAGAGAAAGCUCGUAGUGGUUGGGAAGAUGAAUAUGAAGUAUCAUCUAAACAGUGCAUGCAUGGCCCCAAUUGUAAGCUUGGUGACUACUGUCAAACUGGCAGAAGAAUACAGGAAGUAAAUGUAUUGGGUGGGAUCAUCCUUCCUGUUUGGGGCACUAUUGAGAAGGCCCUUUCUAAGCAGGCUCGCCAAAGCCACAAGCGGCUGCGUGUGGUGCGUAUAGAAACUACUGCAGACAAUCGCCGUAUAGUUGGGCUUCUUGUCCCCAAUGCAGCGGUUGAAUCAGUGCUUCAAGAAUUAGGAUGGGUACAAGAUAUUGACGAUUGAUAUGAACAGCUUUUUGCUCAAAGUGAUAGCUGUUUGUAUCCGUUAUCAUUCCUGCCAAGAUGCAACAUUUUUGAAGCAGGGAACGUAAAAUGUUUAAAGGAGCCCAUGCAAGGUUGUCACUGAAGAAGAGGAAAGAGGGGAAAGAAAAAGAAAAAGGCAUACUCUGCACCAUCCAAAGGCACUGUGCAGUCCCAUUCAUUGUGAUUUUUUUGAUUCUGGAAUCUGGCUCCAAUUUUUUUGUGAUAUAAUUUUGUAUAUUGUCAACAUUAUCACGAAAGGUGAAAGACGAUAGGUUACUAGGCUGUAUUGAUCAUAGUUCUGCUUGAACUAAUUUUGUAUCAAUAACCUUUCUGUUUUAAUUUAAAUAUUAGAUGAAAUAGAAAAUCCUUUUUGAAU